GUAGUCGACUAGAGUUUUUCCCCAAUUUGUGGUUAGGCGCUCAAGAGGCGCCUUUCAGCGCAAAGCCGCUCCUUCGUUGCUAAAGGUCGUCCUCUACGGUCGCAUAUAUCUAUACCUAUCGUUCUCUUUCGUGCUACACAGUUCCACCGCGGAGUGCAUCCGUGAAACUGCCGUGUAGCAAACCAAAAGUAUAUAUAUAUAUACAUUCUUUCAUCGCUAUAUUCCCUUUUGGUUUCAUCAUUUUUUUUCUUUAUUCCUCCUCGCGUUGUUUUCCUGACUCCCUUUCUGGACCGCCAAGGCGAAUUCUCUACUUUUAAAGUAUCUCAGCGACUUUUCGUUGAAGAGAAGCACGGCGGAAAUGUGACGGGAAGAGAAACAGCUGAGCAAACGGCUCAUUCGUUGCAUUGAAGAAAGCUCGUGCUAGAAGGACUCCCUCCUCCGCAGCGGCGUGCCCGGUGGAGUGAAGAGGUUGGUGAAUGGACCUCUCCUUCCUUUUUGAUAUGUUCCUUCCUAUUCUUUUCUAGUGGCUUCCACUAUCAACCUCCUCUUUUUUGUCUCUCUUUCUUCUCUGGUGUUUGGUGUGCUGCCCUGUGAUCUUCAACGUUCUUUCUGUUGUGGUUGGUGUUGAUGUGACGAAACAGAAUCAGCACCCAUACGGGAUACAACGGCGGCGUACGGUGUCACGGGUUGUCCGUCCUCUCCCACUUGUAACUCUUCCGUUCCUUUUCCUCGUAGCUCAGCAUUCCACAUGCUACGUCCACGGCUGUCGCUCUCCUCGCUGAAAUGCCCACCCAAACAUUUCGGCGCCCUUGCGAUGCCGUGCCGUCCGUGUAGCACCCUCGGCGACAUCCAAGCCUUCAUCGUUGCGCUGCGCGAGAGGGAAAAGCUAAUCGGCGGAGCCGUGCAACUGUGCAUUACGGAGGACAUGCGCGUCUUCGCCGAGCACACGGUGUCCUCGCUCGGAAGAGAGCAGCGGCGGAUUGUACCGUACCAGAAGGUGCAGCGCGGAGACGCGGCCACCACCGUGGCGGAGGCAUUGCGGUCCCUCCAGUCAAACGGAACCACGGCGGCAGCGUCACGCGGCGCAUCUACCGUGUCGUCUUCGCGCUCCUUCUUCGAACGUGGCCGGCCCGCCUUAACGGUGCGCCCUACGGUGGUGGAUCUGAGCCGCGUUACCGCGGACGAGGUGCGCAGACUUGUGCUCCACAUAGAGAACACCUACCCCGCUCUUAAGCUGUUGAUGCGCCACACGAGCGGGCAAGACCUGCAGGGCACGAAGCUGCACACCAUUCACGUCGAGUUGGUGCCUCGGGCCCGUCAAGCAAAUACCGCGCAGCUGCCAACGGAUGUGCAGCAUCUGGUCGACACCUUCAAAGGGGAGAGCGUGGGGGAAGGCUACCACAGCUGCCUCCGUCGGGCGCUUCGUGACGCUUUCGCCUCCGCACAGCUACCGUGGCCCAGUUUACCCGACAGUGACGCGGCAUCGUCGACGUUGCUGGCCCUCUACGCGAAAACGUGGGUGAACGAGGGCUUUCAACUUUUGAUGGGUGCAUCGGCGUUCUCCUCGUCGCUUCCAACCGACUGCGUGGAGUGCACGGUGCGGCACCCCACGCACGGGCAGGUCCUCGGCACCACGACACUGUCCACGACCGCCGUCGGUCUGAGGGAUCUAUUAACGUUUUGCGACAAGGUGGCUGCUUCCUACAAUCCGGAGCGGUACGCGUCGGUGCAGCAGCGCAUACGCAGCUCCCCCUUACAUCUUGUGCUGCCCACGUCCCGCCUUCGCGUGAAGCGUCUUCUGCGGAAACUCCUGCACUACCACUACGGCUGCGUCGACAGCGACAUCACCUUCGCUGCGCAUGAGAAAUCGGAGGGCGUUUUUGCUGGUGAGAUAACGUUGCGCUUUUCGCCGCCUUGCGUGACCCUCCUCGACACCGUGCCCACUCCAUUCUUUGUUCUCGCCAAGACAAACGGCACGGCGCGAGGGAAGGUGUUGGAGCUGGCGGCGGUGCAGGCGAUCCAGACCCUUUUCCCCGAGAUCUUUGAAAAGCAAAUCGCCUACCACGCCGAUGUGCGUGCGAUCCAGCAAAGCGACAGGGCCUCCGCGUCCGCCAAUGUGCCACCGCGCGUGUCGCGUGGCCUCGAAGCGCAGUUGAGGUGGGCAACGCAAACAAUCAACGCUGACUUUGUGGUUGAGAGUGUCUUGUUGAGGCAGAACACGCCGUACCCGCUGUGGGGUGUGUCCACCGGCUCCUCCGUCGCGUGGCUGUCGCAGCUGUUUCUAUUGAAGCCGUCCGCAUCUUCCACGACCGCUGCUGCGGCUGCUUCGACGCCUGACGUCGUGCGGGAGUUGUGCGUCCACGCCUUCGACAACCGCAAGUCGCGCAGUGAGAACAAAGUCGUAGCCGCCGCGCUCGCCAAGUGCUUCCCUGACCUGUGCAGGGCUUGCGUGAAGGACGCUCAGGAGAAAAACCUGAUCGAUCGCGAUGGGGCGCCGACGCCGUUUGAGGGCGUGGUACCGAUGCAGGACUCCGAUGCGGAGCGCUUUGCGUCAGCGCUCUCCUCCGACACCUGCCUCUCCACUCUCGUACCGACGCGCUCGUCGGUGCUGCAGCCGCUGCCCGCGUGCGACGUGCGUGACUCCGCGUUGGAGUCCUUCUGGAACUUUAUCACCGGCAACGCCGCGGAGCAGCUGACGGUGCGUGUGCGGCGAGGGGGUGAUGAGAGCACAUCGGGCGGUAAUGGUGGCUAUACGGCUGCAUGCGUGGCUGGUGGCGCUGAGAGUGCAGGUGGGAUGGAGCGAGUGGUGUGCGAGGCGACGUCAGGUACAGAAAUUGGCGCGCUUUUUGCGCUGUUGGAGUCGACACGGAAGGUGAUUCGUCGUGAGAAAGGGACGACGAGCACCACCGACAACACAAACAAACAAGAGGGGAGCAGCGCGGGGAGCGCUGAUCUCCAGCCGAGGAGCACGAUGGAGUUUUUAGCGGGUGUGCCAACGUCGCUGCCCACGUCCACACCCCUCCAAACCUGCAUCGACGCAAUUGGCCGACUGUACGGACUGCGCUGCUCGGUUCGCAUUACACAGGAGGGUGCGCAGUACACCGGCGAGCUGUGGGGGAAUUACCCGGUCGAAAGCGCUGUGUUGAAGCACCACGAGAAAGUUGCCUCCACUGUCUUCUUCCUGGACCGCAACUUUUUCCUGGGCCGCGGACACGCGGAGUCCCCGUUCAUGUCCGUCGUGCGGGCGGCGCAGAACGUCUUCGAACGCCACGUGCGCGUGCGCCAGCGCGCCUUCCACGAAACGGUGGUGCACGAGGGACGCUUGCACCUCCACCCCGCUGAAAACGGCUGCCUCGCCCGGCUGCUUGAUGCCGUGGUGUGCGAAAUCAAAGCGACCAGUGGGAAGGCUUUGACGGGCAGCACGCUGAUCCUGCGCUUCCAUCACGGGGAGCUGUACCAGCUUGCCUUCUCCGUGGCAUCCGGUACGCAGUCCAUUGUGCUGGAGGAGACCGUGAGCCGACAGCUCCUCGGUUGCCUGCACGACUUCUGCACUCGCGUGAGCGUGGAGACAGGCGUGGAGUUCCUCCCGGCGCCAAAGCUGGCGACCAUGGAGUUCCACACACCGGAGCAGCUGCUGCGGCUGCUGUGCCAACUUGCCUACGGACUCGACCUUCGAGUAGAAGUCCAGCAGGUGCACAAGAUCUGGCACUGCCGCCUAAGCGUCCCCGUCACCGAGGAACUUGCCUGCUGUGUGGCGGAGUCGUCGGCGAGUCGGAAGAAGGAGGCGGUGGACGCCGCGGCGAUGGGGGCGCUGAAGCGUUACUUUGCGGAUGCGGUGCCGCACAUUCCUUCGUUUGCCGCUCUUCCCCCUUCGCAGAGUGGCGAAGCGGAUGUGGACGCGGUCCCGACAAGCAUGGACAACUACACGUUUCAAAUGUCAAAUGCGGUCGAGGACGCGCCUCCCUCGACGUAG